CGGGACUAACACGGUAGGUGUGAUAUCAGGCGAAAAGAGCAACCAACAGAACAUUUGUGCACGACAAGACAAGUUGCAGGAUUAACCCAAACUGAUCACACAGAACCAGGCGUAGAGCGACCGGAACAUUUUUUCUUUACAGAAAGAUAAUUAUGGCUACUGAGGGAGAUCCGACUGACUUUGUGAAAGUUCUUCAUCUGCUGGUGAUUUCCUUCACUUGGGGAAUGCAGGUGUGGGUGUCUUUCAUAGCAGGUUUUGUGCUGAUUUCUCAGGUGUCCAUGCACACAUUCGGUCUUGUGCAAAGCAAGCUGUUCCCAGUUUAUUUCUACUGUCUGCUGGGUGGCAAUGCAGUCAGCCUCGCCGUAUAUGCUGUGUAUCACCCUAGAGAACUGCUCGAUUGGCAUGAAGGCAUACAGAUGAGCCUGUUCUUUGUGGCUGUGAUUAUGGCUGGUCUGAAUGCGCAGUGGUUUGGUCCGUCUGCCACAGAGAAUAUGCUGGUCAUGCAGGAGAUCGAGAAGGAGCACGGUCUGGGAAAUCAAGUGGGCAUGAGCUCCAACAGGGAAGGAUACACCAAACUGCGUGAACAGGACCCCAAAUACAAGGAGCACAGAAGCACCUUCUACCGCUACCAUGGUCUGUCCAACCUCUGCAACCUCAUUGGCUUUUUCUGCAUUACCGUCAAUCUCAUCUACCUGGCCCUCAAUUUGGGAACUAUAUGAGUACAGACAGACAGAUAUUUUUCAAGAUGAUACGUUGUCUGUUUUCUACUGUCGAGUUUUUUUAAGUAUAACAAUAAGGCUUCUAGUUUUUAUAUCGAAACACCAAGGAUGAUGAAUAUUACAAGAAUGAUUGCUAAGGGACAGUUCAUCCACAAAUGAAAAUUCUGUCAUAAAAUAAUCACACUGUACUUAAGACCUGUUUGAGUUUCUUCUGUUGAACACAAAGGAGAUAUUUUGAAGAAAACUGGAAACUGGUAACCAUUGACUUCCAUAGUAUUUGCAACCAUGGAAGUUAAUGAUUACAGGUUUUUUAACUUUCUACUAAAUAUCUCCUCUGUGUUCAACAGAAGAAACUCAAACUAGUUUUAAAGUGAAGGAUGAGUAAAUGAUAACAGUUUUCAUUUUUGAGUGAACUAUCUCUUUAUAUAACUUCUAUUUAGGCCUGCGUUUCUAUCAGUUUCAUGCUCAACCUUAACUGAUAAUAUUAUGGAUAUUCACAGUAUUUUGUCCCUACUUUAAUAUGUUUCAAAGUGGGUAAUUGCACUGAAUUGUUUAUGAUAAACAGAAAAUGUAUGUAAACGAGUGAUAAUAUAGCUGUUUAUGAUUGCUUAAAUAUUAUUAUUAUUAUUAUUAUUAUUAAUCUUAUUAUUUGUUGGUUGUGUAUGCAUUAUGAUUCAUGCCUUUACACUUCAAUGUGAACAACACAUGUAUUACACCAUUUAGAGGGCUGUUUUUAGAAAUUUGUGGACCAGUUUUAGACGUGUCAAUGAUUAAAUAGUUUACAUUUUAUUAGAAACGGAAAGACACUAAAAUGGCAAUUAAAUGCCAACUUUCAAGAAGCAACGUUGUAAAUGGACCUCUGAUCCAGUUUGUAAGAUAUAAUGUUUGAACAGCAGAGUAAGUUUCCUAUUUUCAGUGUGGACAUUUUGUGUGUGUUUGGGAAUUUUUGACACUGAACAAAUGUGUUUCAGGUAAAAGCACAAGUGUCAAAUCCAGUUCCCGGAGGGCCGUAGCACAGUUUAGUUCCAACCCUGCAUCAACAAACAUAAGCUGCGGUCACACUGCACUUUUCUCCCCAUAGACUUCCAUUCAUGAUGGAACUCAAUUAGUUUGAUCAGGUGUGUUUAAUUAGGGUUGAAACUGAACUGUGCAGAGCUGUGGCCCUCCAGGAACUGGAUUCGUAGGAGCUACUGAAACGAUCUACACUUAUGUCUUUAAAAUCAGUACAUCUUUAGCUGAUGUUGAGUUUCAAUUACAAAAAUAAAAGCACACUUUGAGUAGUCUGAAAGAUCUACACAGAUCUAGCAUGCUUUGUUUUCAUUUGUGUUUACUGUUGCUGUGUCACAUCGAUUACAAUUGUAUGUACAGCGUCUUAUGUAUCAAGUACUAUGGCUGGGCAGAUUAACGAUAUUAAAUCGAAUCACGAUAUAAUUUGUCAAUAAC